AUGGAAGAUGAGGAGAGUUGGCUCUUGCAAAAGAUCACUACAGCCCCCCUCCCCCGCUGGACUCACCUCUCUCAUCGUCGUCUACAAAGCUGGCCCUCGGCGCUUACCAAGUCGAAUGUGCUGCUCUCGGCCCCCCUUCCAUCGUGGCUCGUCUCACCUGUCAUUACCCCUCGCUUCGAGUCGCUGGGCUUAUUUGCCAACGCCCCUCACCACGCCCCCAACCAUGUCCUAGUCAACGAAUACCGCCCCGGCCAGGGUAUAAUGCCGCACGAGGAUGGCGCCGCAUACUAUCCUCUCGUGGCGACCGUGAGUCUGGGCGCCCCCAUCGUUCUCGACCUGUAUCCAAAAGUCCAGCACACCCAAGACCACCCGGAGAAUCGACGGCCGCAGUAUCGCAUAUUGCAGGAACGGCGGAGCUUGUUGGUUACCAGGAAGAAGAUCUACACGGACUUUCUGCAUGGAAUCGCCGAGACGACCAAGGAUGAAGGCCUAAAUGCGGACUCGAUCUGCAACUGGGAUUUGCUCCGAGAGCCGGAGCGAUUCCGAUGUGGAUGGGCAGAGAGGGAGACCAGGGUCAGUUUGACAUAUCGGGAUGUGCUCAGAGAGGUAAAAUUGGGAAACACGAUGAAAUUCCUCAGGGGGCGGUGA